AUGUCACCACUGCAUGGAGGGAAAGAUGUCUACAAACCCGCAAAUGGCAUAUGCUCAACGAUUUGUCCAGAAGGCCUUGAAGAAGAUCCCAGCAAUAGGAAACGAUGUCGAAAAUGUGUUGGUGAAUGUAUACGGAAGUGUCCAGGAAAUAUCACGGUGGAUAGCAUGUCUAAGGUAAAUAGUGCAUUUUUUCUGGGUUAAUU